AUGGAUAAUUGUAAUCAGAUUUUAACACCAGUAGAAGAAAUACUGAAGUUGACAAAAGAUGGAUCAGGAGAGCUUGUGAAUUCAACAGAUUUUAAAGGUCUUUUUGGAUGUUUAAGAUAUUUGACUGCUACAAGACCUGAUAUCAUGUAUGGGGUUGGGUUGGUUAGUAGGUUUAUGGAAGCUCCUAGACAAUCACAUUUACAAGCUGCAAAACGUAUUCUGAAGUAUGUAAAAGGAACAACAAGCAUGGGAAUCUUCUAUACUGUUUUAGAAGAUCCAAAACUGGUUGGUUUUACUGAUAGUGAUUGGGCUGGAGAUACAGAAGGAAGAAUAAGUACAUCAGGUUAUGGAUUUCAGUUGGGAACUGGUUUUUUCUCUUGGUCAUCUAUGAAGCAAUAA